AUGGAAAUGACCGCUGCCCUCCGCUGUGAUGAGAUGAGGCGGGAGGCGGGCCGGGGGGUGGGGCCGGCACUGGGGGACCGGCCCGAGGCGGGUCGAGGUGUGAGGACCUAUGUAGAGGAAGUUGACAGAGCUGCACCUCGGUUAUUUUGCUUCCAUCUCGUCCUCCGCCUCGUUCUCCACAUCCACCGCCACUCCCCUACCCCCCACCCCGUGAGGCCUAGCCCCUCACCCCGACUCUACCGGGCCUUGAGCCCCCUGCGCCUCGGGGGGAACCGGGGAGGGAGCCGGCGCGGGGAGCGGGUGCCAGGGCUGGUGCUGGACUGGGAGCCGUGCUGGGGGACGGAGACCAUGGUCGAAGCCGGGAGUCUAGAUGGGGGCCGGGGCGGAACCCGGGAUGGGGCCCGGGGUGGGCGCCCGGCUGGGGGCCGAGAUUUGCAUGUCUCAGACCUGACCAAGGUCACCGGUGAGCCCAAGGUAAGCAAUGGUUCAGGACUCCCGAAUGAGCGCAUCACAAAGCUGCUGGUGUUCAGCUUCCUCAAAAACUGCUCCAACUGCAACUUCCUCAGCGAGCUGGAGACGUUGGGCCGUGGGCUGCACGUGCCGGCCGCCCUGUGCGAGGAGUAUGAUGACGAGCUGCAGACCGACGGCAACCGCAGCAGCCGUCACGCCAUGGAAAGAAAUGAGAGAGAUUCUCAAAGCCACGAGGAAGUCAUUCAGCACAUCGCCUUUCGUCUCGCCCAGAUAGGGGAUGAGAUGGAAAGAGGGGUCCAUCAGAGUCUGGUGCAAAGCCUGGCAAGGCGGUUUAUGGACAUGAACCUGUCAGAGGAAGGUAGAAUGGAGCACCUGCGGAUGGCCGUGGAUCACUUGAUGCAGAACUGUCCCAAGGACAUGGAACUGGAAAAAGCCAAGCUGAUGUUGACCAUGCUGUUGGCCAAGAAGGUGGCUGAUCACAUGCCUUCCUUGCUCCACGAUGUCUUCCGCACCACUGUGAACUUUAUUAACCAGAACCUCCUUGGCUACGUGAGGAACUUAGCCAGAAACUCCCAAGACAUGCUACUAUGUAGGGGAGGUGAAGGCUUGCGUUAUGACUAUUGGAAACGGGCAACAGUGCAGAGCACCGCUUACACAGAUGAGGACUGCCGCACCACAUGGGACGUGGCUGGCCAGGCCUCUGAAUGGGCACUGAUGCUGGUUUUCUACAAACAGAGGUGGCUGCAGUGCAGUGAGCACUUUGUGCCCAUGGGCCAGGACUGA